UCUGAGCAGCAAACUGUCUGCAGCCCACCUCCAGCUGAUGAAGACGCAACGUUAAAAAAAAGAAGAAGGGAGAAAAAAAAGAGGAGAAAUCGGUGCAGCCAGAAACGGAGAUUUGGUGAGUGUUUCAUGUCAGGGGAGAGAAACCCACGCUUGUCCUUGCACAACGGGGACAUGUGCUAAGUGACGGAGGAGCUGGACGUAAACAUGCAAUAAGUGACAGUGGCAACCAGGUAGCCUACUACGCAAGAGCGCUCCCUCCGGACCUCCUCACUGAACUUUACCCGCUGUGGUUUUGCCGAGAUGGCUGCUGCUGCUGCUGCUGCUCUGGGGGAAGUUGGAGGCGUCUUGCACGGCAUCGAUGGUAUCGUUCACGCCGGGUCCCAUUUCCUCCUGACCCCUCUCGGAGACAGUCCGACCCUGCUCGGGGAGCACCUCAUACCUGGGGACAGGCUCUCUCGGAGCACCCCAGCGGAUUUAACGCACCUCAAAGGGAUUCUCAGAAGGAGACAGUUGUACUGCAGGACUGGAUUUCAUCUGGAAAUACUUCCGGAUGGCUCAGUGCAAGGGACGAGAAAGGACCACAGUCGAUUUGGUAUUUUGGAAUUCAUAAGCCUUGCUGUUGGGUUGAUAAGCAUUAGAGGGGUGGACAGUGGACGCUAUCUGGGGAUGAAUGACAAAGGAGAGCUGUAUGGCUCAGAAAAGCUCACAGCUGAAUGCGUCUUCAGGGAGCAGUUUGAAGAGAACUGGUACAACACAUACUCCUCCAACCUCUACAAACACGGAGAAAAAGGGACUCGGUACUUUGUGGCAUUAAAUAAAGAUGGGACACCAAGGGAUGGGACUAAAUCCAGGCGACACCAGAAAUUUACACACUUCUUGCCCAGGCCUGUGGACCCCGAUCGUGUGCCAGAACUGUACAGGGAUAUCCUGGGACACAGCUGAGACCUGUGGAGGCCUGGUCCAGAUCAGGAAUAGCUGCUGAAGCCCUCACAGGCAGGGAGUAGAGAGAGAGAGAGAGUGGGGGGACGCAGGCAGGGAUGUGGCCAGUGCAGGCUGGUGGACAGCAGCCCGACCAGCAGGGAUAAAGGCAUGUCUCUCAGCAGCCAGCAAGGCAGGCUACAAUGUCUGACUCUGUCAGCCUGCACGCUCAGCAUGAGGGGGCCAUUUGUUUCAGAGGACGAACGACCCUAGAAGCACCUGCGUGGAAUAGGAGACGAAUGGGAAACAGAGGUGAACGGUCAGAGAGCAUCUCCUCUGGUCGGAUGGAGAUGUCAGCUGACGUGGAGUCUGUGGGAAAAUCACACAGAUGGUAUUUUGAUUUGGUGUCAGAGAGUUUGUUCAGAAGGACUUUGAAGGAAAUCUGUUUUUUUAACCUGUGUAGACCUGUUUGAAAAGAGCAAAGUGUAACAAUUUAUUUAUUCAUUUUAGAUACAUAUAUUUAUGUUAUAUAUUUAUUUAUUUGAGAAUAUAUUUUUACAGUUAGGUACAAGCAAUAUAGAAAAAAACCACUAGAAACUGUAUCACCUAUGUAAAGACUCAGACACUGACUGUACAAUUAUGACUUUUAUCCUGAGAAAAGCUCCAACUUACUGUAAUAUGAGCAAACAUAUGAAACAUAUUGGCAAAAUUUGGAACAGACCCCCAAAUGCAUUUUUAUCACUAUGGCAACUGUGAAUCAGUUUUCAAUUUUUUAUAAAAGAAAUCUUUGUCUUUUUGAUUUGGUAUUGAUAUCCAAACUACUGUUACACAUGUCACAAACAGAAUCUAAAGUCAACCAACUGAAAGCUAAUUAUUCAUGUCAAACAAUAAAUUUAUCAGAAUGUGA